UUGGCUGAAGAUAAAACAAGCUGCUGUGGCAAACUGGCAAUACUUACGCGUUCAUUGAGCCGUGCACAUUCAGUGUUGAUUAGUCAGAUAGUGUAUAAACGACAGUAUCAUGGCCAGCGAAGCAGUUCCAUUACCUCCGCAAAUCCCGUAUCGCUUAGCAGCAAAGCUUAGUCAUAGCGAAAGAGCCGAGGUCUGGCUGGCUCACCGCACGGACGGAAUUCGACCCGUAGAGAUCGCCGUGAAAGAAGUCUAUUUGGGUUCUAACCGGGAAAUUGCCCACGUGCGGGCCAACUCGAUGGACACCGAUUUAAGGCAUAUCCUUAGUUUCGCUCAUCCGAAUCUGGUGCGUCAUCUGGCACAGUACAAUCCUCCGGAGGCCGAACCGAAGAUUCUGCCGUAUUACAUCAUCAUUAUGGAAUAUUGUUCCGGCGGCGAUUUACAUGAGGCGUCUCAAUUCUACAUUCCCGCGCCACUUAUUCAGAAUUGGACACGGCAGAUUGUCGACGGUUUAGCCUAUCUGCACGCCCUGCACUUUGUCCACAGUGAAAUAACGGGUAAAAAUAUUCUGCUGAGCAGCACGGACUGGAACUCCUGCCAAAUGAAGAUUGCCAAUCUGGACACCACUCAGCGUUUCCAAAGCAAUAUGGCUCUGGCGAAGGAGAUGUCGAAGAGUGGAUACGAGGGCGCCUUCACGUCACCUGAGGGGCUCGUGAGCGGUAAUGUCAACCACAAGAGCGAUAUCUGGAGUUUGGGCUGUGUGCUGCUGGAGAUGAUCAGCGGAUCGCCGCGCUUCGUCAAGGAAGUCGACGGGAAACAGGUGGAAUCGCAAACGCACCUGAUGGCCAUGUACUACAUCGGUACCGGCGGGUUGCCGAAAAUACCGAAGCAACUGUCGCAUGAAUUGCGGGCGUUCGUCGUUUAUUUUCUGAAACGCGAUCCUGUAUUACGGCCAAUGGCAGCCGAACUCUCGUACACGAACUUUUUGACGCUGGAUAAUGUGUCGCAAUGGCCUGACUCGCGCCCGCUGCGAAAGUGAUGAAGAUUAGACUAGCGACCAGCCUAAUUCAGUUCUUAAUAAUAUUCACACGCGUAAUUAAGGUUACAAGCGGUGAUAAAAAGAAGAAUCGACAUAACAUGUACCUAUUACCUAGAUAUUUAAAAUAGCGUUAGCAAAGUUUCGGACAAUUCUUCACUAGUAUCACUACCCAGGUGCAAACAGCGUUAUUAACGGAAACCGUUUGCCCCAGGGUAUAAAGAUUUAGACUGCACUUGAUGAAACUUCCGUUGCGCGCUUUCCAGAACAGUGUUCUGCAUUAAUUCAUAUUACUUUGGCAGCCUGUGAUCUCUACCCAGUUUUCUGAAAGAACAUUUGUGCGCGCAACUUUCGGUUGAUGUGUUAUAAAAUUAAAGAGGGCCAAAGUGCUAC